AUGAGUUCAAUCAACCAAGUCCUCCGCUCGGGCUCAUCGGGCGCAUCGCGCUCCUGGGAUCGCUCCCUCUCCCUGAUGGACAAGUGGGGCAUUGCUGGUGCCCAGAAUGCACUGAUGAACGGAGCUGAAUGGUUUGUGGCCUCAUGGCUUUUGGAGGAUUUGGACUUGAGGCGCUUGGAAGCAGAUGUGUUUUCUUACAGUGCCAUAAUUACUAGUUUGUCAUCCCACUGGGAGUUGGCUCUUCAGAUGCUUCGUCGUGCAGAAAAGCAUCUCCGAGCGAAUUCAAUCAUGUAUAAUGCCACCAUCAGCGCUUGCGAUCAAUCAGCAGAAUGGCUGAUUGCUUUGCAGCUCUUGGAGGAAGCUCACGCUGCCAAUGAACUUGAUGUGAUCAGUUUCAAUGCUGCUAUCAGUGCGUGCGAAAGAGCAGAACAGUGGGCUGCGAAAAGUGCAGGGCACCAGGUUUCGUGUGAGCAGUUUCGAGUUUGA